UUGUAUAUAUCUUUAAUAAUAUUAUGUCUAAUUUUAGUGAAGAACCAAAUAACCAGAUGAAGUAUCUGACAAGAAUGAUUGUUUACCUGAUGUAAACCCACAAACUGUAAAUCCACAAAACACAGUGGAAAAUCCCACGCUCGAAACUCGAAUGAUUUCGAACAGUUCAAGUGAUCCAAGGAUUGAAGAUACCCAAGGCACUGUUAACAGCGUAUUGGGAACAGAUAGUGGAAAAUCUUAAUUCUAAUUCUUAAAUAAAUAAGAUUCAUGACAAAUAUUCAUGACCGUGACAUAACGUCACGUCAAAAACUAUGACGGAGAGAAGCACUCUGACUGUGAUAUUAAGAUUUAUGAUAUUAAAAUUUUGUAUUUUCUGUAAACGAAAUGGAUGAAUAUCCAUGGAUAGAGCGACAACAUGGAAAAUAUUUUUGUACCACUUUGGUCAAGUCACGGUGACGAUUCGAAAUUUCAAGACAAUUAGUUGCAACUGUAACGAUAAAUAUGGCCCUGUCUUCAUUAGAGGUCAAUAUGAAUAUCACGUUGCUUCCACAAUUAUACAAAACGUUGUAUCAACUGCAAGUUUUGCGCACAAUGGAUUAAAUAAUUUUUUAGACUACGCUAACGCAGCAGUGUUAUCAUUCAAAUCAUACAAGAAUUCGGUCAAAUUAAUGGUGGACAAGGGAUUAAAUUUAAUGCAGCAGUUACAUGCAAUGCUAUCGUCGCCAUCAUCGCCGUUGUCAUCAGAUGACAAAAAUAAAAAACAACCUAGUGGGAGGACUAGAAAACAGAGACGAUAUAGACGAAAAUUGCAUCUGAAGAGAAAGAAGAAGAAUAAUAGAGAUAAGCAAAAUAGGAAGGAAUCAACUGGUGAACAUGUUAAAAAAAAUUAAAUUAAUUGCAAAAACAGAUAAUCAAUUAAAUUCUCAAGAAAACAUCACUGGAGACAUAUUCAUAAAGACGAAAAAAAAGAGCAAUAAUGAGCUCGAUAUAAAGAGAAAAAUUGUGCGAAGCUCCUCGGCACCACCUAUGUGAACAACUUAUGGUGAACAAGGAAUAAAAAAAUUCGUUGCAUUAGUUUUAUUAUUUUUAAUAAUCUAGUUUUUAUAUUCAUUUAUUAAUACGCUACUGAUUUUGUUUUAGAAACAAUUUAGUA